AAUUAACACUCUAACCUAUUAAAUAUAAUAUAUACAUACAUUGUAUGUAUAUAUAAUUACAAAGAUUGUGCUCCCUUCACUAUUGCUAUCAGCUGUAGACUUGUGAAACUGUGUCCACUGCCAAAAAAUGGCACCCAAAGUUGGAAUCAAUGGGUUUGGUCGUAUUGGCCGCAUCAUACUACGUGCUUCUUUAAAGAAGGAUAUUAAUGUUGUUGCUGUCAACGAUCCUUUUAUUGAGCUGGACUAUAUGGUCUACAUGCUGACAUAUGAUAGUACUCAUGGACAAUUCCCUGCUUGUGUUAGCAAGGAAGGCGAUAAACUGAAGAUUAACAAUACCCUCAUUACUGUGACUAGCGAGAAAGAUCCUGCCUGCAUUCCAUGGAGCUCAGCUGGGGCUGAAUAUGUUGUUGAAAGUACUGGAGUUUUCACCACUAUUGAGAAGGCGGCAGCUCAUUUAAAAGGUGGAGCCAAAAAGAUAAUUAUUUCUGCUCCUUCGGCUGAUGCCCCAAUGUUUGUAAUGGGAGUGAAUCAUGAUAAGUACACGAAAGAUCUCAAUAUUGUGAGCAAUGCUUCCUGCACCACCAACUGCUUGGCACCAUUGGCCAAAGUGAUCCAUGAUGAGUUUGGCAUUGAAGAAGCACUGAUGACCACAGUCCACUCGUACACUGCGACACAGAAAGUUGUGGAUGGACCUUCAGCAAAGGACUGGAGAGGUGGACGUGGGGCUUCCCAGAACAUUAUUCCAAGUUCCACUGGAGCUGCAAAAGCUGUUGGCAAAGUCAUCCCAGACUUAAAUGGAAAAUUGACUGGUAUGGCAUUCCGUAUCCCCACACCUGAUGUUUCUGUUGUUGAUGUUACCUGUCGUCUUAAGAAAGGCGCCAGCUACGACCAAAUCAAAAAAGUCGUGAAGAAGGCAUCACAAGGUAAAAUGAAAGGAAUUCUUGGCUACACAGAGGAUGCUGUGGUCUCAACAGAUUUGCUGGGUGACACCCACAGCAGCAUCUUUGAUGCUGGUGCUGGCAUCAGCCUAAACGACAACUUUGUCAAGCUGGUCUCCUGGUAUGAUAAUGAAACUGGCUACUCCCACCGCGUGGUUGAUCUGAUCAUGCACAUGGCCAAAGUAGCUUGAUCUGAGGUCGGUCUUCUUUUCUUCCUCAUAUUACAAUGUUAAUUAAAAUUUAUUCACUGAAUUAAAAAAAAAAGAAGAAAAAAACAGUUGGUUGUUUAUCUAAUGAAUAUUUUAACAUUGAAUUAAUUUGUUUCAUUUCGCAACACACACGCACACAUGCACAAAACAGGUGGACAGAGAAACUUAUAAGCUAUUGUCCCCCUUCUGCUGUCUAAAUACACACAUAUAUAUAUAUAUAUAUAUAUAUAUACACAUAUAUACACGUGUUUAGACAGCAGUGCUCUAGUAUGAGCGUGGCCAUACUAAAGAACUAUUAUAAACAUACAGACACAUAAUACUACUGAUGCUUCAACUAUUUUCUCUUUUCUGUUUCCCUAAUUGUUUAACAGAUUAUUAAAUAUCUAAAUAUC